CAGUCGCGCGGUACGCGGCGCAUCGCACGCAUGGGCCGCGCCUGUGUCUCCAUCAUCGCCGUUUUCUGUGUCUCACGACUAUCCUCGCUUUGCCCUUCCGCUCCGCAUUUGCAGUCUCAUUCCCUAUUAUUCGAAUUUCCAUAACUCUUGGUCCCCUCUUCCGGAUAGGUCGCGCGCAACGUACGUUCACUGAUCAAGUUGACAGGUCGUUCCGGCAGCGAUCAGCCUCUGCCGUUUUGUACCGUGAAGGAACCGGUUAGUCUUUGGUCACAUUAGUUCCAAUAAAGAGGAACACUGGGAGGAACAGAGCCUCGCCUAUCCGAUGGAAUAUACAUACCUUGUGAUGGUUCAGUGACACGAAUCCCCUUCGAUCGGCAAAUGAUUUAGGAAGUGACAGGUGUCGCGGCUCGGAUUGACAAUUCUUGAUUCACGGAUUUCGUCCCCAAGUCGAUCCCGGAGGAUCAAAUCAGCCAAGAGGAGACACGGAGCAGCGCUGAGGAAUUUGGCAAAGAUUAUCUGAUCGAAGAAAUUCUUCGAAAAAGAAGAUUCCCUCUGGCUGUGCCGAAUCGUAUCGCGACUCGAAACCAACUUACGUGAAUUUACAAGAAUUUACAAGAAUUUACGAGGAAUCGUCAUCAUCCGAGAACGAAUGGGAGCGAGAUAGCGCCAGCUGCGUCAUCGUGGGAGCCAAUUCUUUGGCAUCGAGGAAAACCCUCUCUCCCUCCUCCCUCCUGCCCUCCUUCCCUCUUCGUUUCACGUGCGUAAACCCGCACUUGCGCUUUCACCAUCUCUCUUCCACUCGCUCUCUUUUCGUCUUCCUCUGUCGGGGAGAAAGCAAUAACACGAUCAGGCGAAUUCAGGCGAAUUCGAAUCGGAAAAUUAAUUUCUCGCGUAUCGAAGGAAAAUCCAGCCCACGGCUCAAACCAAGAAGAUUCAAGAUCCGUGCUGUCAGCAGGCUAGACUACAGUACGUUACGAUAUCUGUACCAGACUGUACCAGACUGUACCAGACUGUACCAGACUGCACCAGGCUGCACCAGGCUGCACGGCGCUAACUCUACUACUCUUCUACCGUUCUAUCGUCAUAUCGAUACUUCCCAUUGAGUCCACGUACUGGCACAGCCUAUAUAGAAUCGUAUCGGUAGAUUUUAUGAAACUGAAAAGUCCAUUAUCUCCCUCUCUCUCUCCCUCUCUCUCUUUCUUUCACCGAGCCCCGAUCGAUUCGUGAUCUCGCCGAAAUGGCAAAAGUCUCGUCAGCCUGGAUCGUCCCGACGUCGGCUCGUGACGUCGACUCACAAUGACGCGCCUUCACCACGACGAAGGAACGUCAUCGGAUUCCCAUUUGAGAAGUUGACGGAUGGCAGCCAGCCCAUCCAGGGAAAGUCCGUUCGUGGUGGAUCCUUCCGUGCUGGAAAUCGUUUCCAGGAUCCUCGAGCAGGAAGGCGCCAGCAGACGAUUCGUCGAGGAAGACGAGGAAAAGGAACCGUAACCGCGUCCUCCUCUGGGCCGACUCAGUGUCGCUCACGAGUCAUCGGAUAAUUCACAAAAGUUCCGAGUGCCUCCAAUGUCUUCCUUUUCCUUUUCCCUUCUCCGGUGCGCAUCCUCCGUUGAGAUUGCCCUUGGAUCGCAAGUGAUAUCAGUGCUAUUGUGUGAUAGUCAGUGGCUAAGAGCGGUGAACUCGUGACGGAUCUUACUGUGUACAGUAAUACUAAUAAUCAGUUUGUUAAUAACGCAUCGUGCUUCCUCGCGACACUCACCGGACGUUCCUGUGACUCUGUGGGCCAUUACGGGCCAUUACGGGCCAUUACGGGAGGAGCUGUCACACACUUGGUCAGUCUUAAACGAACCGUCCGUGGAACUGGAACAGCAGGAGACUCGGGCGUCUUAUGCGGUGGCCAGUCGGUGGUCGCUCGGAGGAUCCUUAACACUCAGACGAGACGUAACGACGUUAACGAGCCUCGGGCUUUUUAUUUCUUUCUAUUCGCUCCUUCUUCGCGUGCUUCGUCGACGCGACUUUGAGGAGGAUACCAGUGCCUCUUCGCUAACUUCACUAAUAAUUCCUCUCGGGCGUCGACUCUCAGUGCAUCUCGAAUAACCGGAAGUGGUGUCCUGGCCCUGUGGAUUAAACGAGGAGCGAAGCCAUGAUCCCUGCCUACAGCAUCGUCCUGAUGCUCUUCUCCUGGGCGUCAGGAGCCCCGCAACCUGCUACCUACGCCGACUCCAGUGCGCAAGACUAUCUGAUGCAGUUUGGCUACUUGCCAGAGAGCGACCGGGAGACCGGAAACUUGAGGACUGACGAUCAGCUCAUUAAUGCCAUCAAGAACUUACAGAGCUACAGUGGCAUCCCAGUCACGGGACACAUCGACGAAGCUACGAAGAAGCUCAUGAAGGCGAAACGUUGCGGACUUCCGGAUAAACUCGAUCCGAGGUUCUCGAGGACGCGACAUCGACGCUUCACCGUCCACGGGCAAAAGUGGCCUCAUCGGAAUCUCACCUGGAGCCUACGAACGGAGCAACCACGUGGUCUGGAACCGGGUGGUGUUCGUCAUCAGCUGAGCCGGGCCUUGGAUCUUUGGGCAAAAAACUCGAAGCUCACCUUUCAGGAGGUUAACAGCGACCGCGCAGACAUUUUGGUCUACUUUCAACAGGGCUAUCACGGAGACGGAUAUCCGUUCGACGGGAGAGGCCAGAUAUUGGCGCACGCCUUCUUUCCUGGAACCGAUCGCGGCGGCGACGCGCACUUCGACGAGGAGGAGAUCUGGCUUCUAACGGACAGCAGCGACGAGGAAGGAACGAGUCUCUACGCCGUGGCUGCCCACGAAUUCGGCCACUCCCUUGGGUUGGCGCACAGCUCCGUUCGCGGUGCGCUGAUGUAUCCCUGGUAUCAAGGACUCAGUACGAAUUACGAGCUGCCCGAGGACGACAGACAUGGAAUUCAACAGAUGUACGGUGCCCCCGAGGAAAGGCUGUGGGGAAAUAUACCUGGCGGAGGAACGCAACCGGAACGUCCUCCCGCGGCUGCACCUAGUACCACAACCAGUAGCACUACGACAAUUACAACCACAACCUAUAGACCCUGGAGAACUCGACCUACUCGACCUACUCGACCUACUCGACCUAAUCACUAUCCCGAGGAGAGACCCAGGCGACCUGAUCGUUACCCUGUCAAACCGGACUACAGGACUGAACGUCCUGAUUACCGACCUCAACGACCUCAUAAGCCACACCGACAUCACACCACUCCCUCGACCACUGCUGCCAUCGCAACCACCAGCGUCGCCACCAGUCCCACCACGAUGGGUUACAGACCGCGGCAUCGCUCGACGCCGUCGCCGAGGGACGGAAUACCCGACAAGUGCGAUACCAGCUACGACGCCAUUAGUAUCAUUCGACGAGAGGUCUUCAUAUUCAAAGGACGGUACCUCUGGAGGAUAGGGGACCAGGGACUUUACGAGGGCUAUCCCGCGGAAAUAAUACGGCUCUUCAACCUACCCGAGGAUAUCGACCACGUGGAUGCCGUUUACGAGCGUCCGGAUAAAAAAAUUGUCUUCUUCAUUGGAAACAAAUAUUUCCUUUUCAACGGAAACAUUCUGGAGCCCGGAUAUCCACGACCACUGACCGACUUAGGGCUCCCCAGGUCUUUGGAGAAGGUCGACGGCGCCAUGGUCUGGGGACACAAUGGCAGAACUUACUUUUUCAGCGGAACCAUGUAUUGGAGAUUCGAUGAAUCGGAGAAUUACGUGGAGCUCGACUAUCCCAGAGACAUGACCAUGUUCGCCGGAGUUGGCUAUAAUAUCGAUGCAGUAUUCCAAUGGAAGGAUGGCAAGACGUACUUUUUCAAAGGCAAGGGCUUUUGGGAAUUCGACGAUUUGCGCAUGAAGGUAGCUCACGAGAAACAAAAGCUCUCGGCUCCCGUCUGGAUGGGCUGUCCUCGUAAGCUGGAGACACCAGAUCUAGAGACCAAUCUUCCGAAAAGGUCGAGAAUGAUCCAGAGUUUUGCUCCGAGAACCACGUGCACGCUGAUGCUUAUGCUGGGCCUUGCGGCGUUCUUGAGGCUAACGUAAAGCAGGAUAUACUUUGCGAAUUACAAACCACGAGGAAGAAAUAAAGAAAAUAAGAAAGAAGGACAUGCGUUGUCGUCCAAAGAAUCGGAUCCCUGCUUAGAGUUCUUCUUGAACGGGAAGUCGAGUGGCAUUUUCCACCAAUGGCAAUUGUCUGAAGUAAUUUUUCCAUGUUCGUUACAAUGGACUUUGCGACUGUCGGGUCGGCCGAAAAAAUAAGAAAAAAAGAAAGUAGAAUGGAAAAUAAAAUCUCGAAUUGUUCCUGCUGUAGGCGAACAUUAGGGAAUAUGCACGGGAAGCCACUGCCAAAUAUCGAUGUUGAUAAAUAAGAGAUAUUUAAGGCCCUAUCUUUCGUGAAGUUACCUUACCGAUAGACUUGUUCAUUUUUGUACCGUAAAUGGCCUAAAAGGUUGAUUACGACCAGGCACAUAUCCAUUUAUAAAUGCGCGUUUCCACAGGCAGACUUUACAAAAGGCAUCGUUCGGCGAACGUAGUCAGUCGCACGAUCGUCCGCGCUUAUCAUAUUUUUAUACAUUUUAUACCGUAUUCUAUUCUAUUUAACUUAAUAUUUAAUUUAUAUUUUUCUAUUAACUUUUUUUAUGUAGCAGGGCAAAAUAUCGUCAAGGGUACUCCGUAGAUAAUUGUUGUUUUGUAUUUAGUCUCGAUCAAAAAAGAUUGCGCAGUUAUUAGUCGAUGAGCGACUCUAAGAAUAAACAACGCAACUAAUUGUGAAAACUUUAUUCGGCAGGGCUACGUCAUUAAUACGAUUAGGAGAUAUAAAAAGUAUGAAUCUACAUGUUAUUUAUAUGAACUUAUUAUUAUUGUAUUAGUGUAUGGCACUGCGAGUGCCCCCAGUUUUGUAAACUGUGAUAUUUAUAUAGCGCGAUGGAGUAGUAGCUAGAGUAAUCGGAAAUAAAGAUAAAUCGUGGCGAUCCUUCAUAGCCAGCACCAAAAUCGCCUUUACAAAUCCACUCAGCGGUUUUAUAUUCAGCAAAUGAAACUUGAUCAUCAUUAUAUUUGUGACAACCUUUACAAGUGCCUCAGCAUUUUUGUGAAAAUUAUUUCAAAUCUUAGGAAGGUUUACUACGCCGGUAACUCAGGCGCGCUUUGAAGGAACGAUUGACUGAAAUUGAUACUUCAAAAUAUACUCGCAAGUAUCUUGUGCAUUUGGUGGCUGACGUCGAUAGCGGUCCUUUUUCGGCAAACUAAAUAUUGUAUAGUACAUAGUAAAGAAUGAAGUACGAGACUGCGAACGUCCUGCUCGUUCCUCGAAGCGUUCCACUAUUGGGAAACGUACUAAACGAAAAGGGAGACUAGUAUACCGAAGUAGCAUGGUAAGGAUACAUUAUAUUUUCUAAGUCCGUGCUUUCUAUAUGUAUAUAUAGGGGAAUAAAAUUAUUUCAAUGUA